UAGACGUCAGAAGGCGUCACCCUCCGUGUUUCCCUGAACGAGAGCGCUCGUCAAUUAAACCGGUUUUCAGACACAAUGACCGGCCUCCCCAACGCACAUUAUUGUAAGUAGUGUGCCAUGAGGGAGUCGCUUCUUAAACAAGGAUACAAAGGGAUGGUACGUACCACGUUUUAUUGAACUUGAAUCUUGCAUUUUAACGUCGAAUUGCGCGGUACGCCGACAUUUUCACGGCAGCCUACUUUUCGACAUACUUACUACCUUAUCUCGUGGAAAGCUAUGGCAAUGUUUGCGUACUCUGAUUACUUUGCUGCCGAGUGUCUGGUGUCCAUAUCAAGCGGACCAGUCUUGCAUCGCCCGACCCCAGUUCCCCCCGACACACUGGGGCCCCUGGACCUCUCCCUUGGGGAAACUGAGGUGUCGAGGGAGGAUAGAGAAGUUCGUGACACGCUGAAAGACGGGGCUAUCACUGCGGAUGGGAUUCUAAAUGGUCUCCGUGGAAAGUUUCGACCCAUGUCGGUCAACUCGGAGAGCAGCAACUCCUCCGAUAACUUCUCGUGUGGGGAAAGCGGUUAUACCACGCUGUCUGAUUCUACUACUGCGACCCCCAACAUGACCCCCUCCGCCACACCGACGCCCAAUGCUCAAAGAGGACAAUUAAACGGAUCGCCGAAUUUAAAGCGACAUCACUGUACAUUCAGUGGAUGUGACCGAGCAUACGGCAAAUCAUCGCAUCUAAAAGCUCACAUGAGAACCCAUACUGGUGAGAGGCCGUUUCCCUGCUCGUGGCCCGACUGUGGGAAGAGGUUUGCCCGCUCUGACGAGCUGGCGCGCCACAUCAGGACCCACACAGGCGAGAAGCGCUUCCUGUGCCCGCUGUGUGACAAGCGCUUCAUGCGCAGUGACCACCUGGUGAAGCACGCCCGCCGCCACCCAGGCUUCCAGCCCUCCAUGAUCGCCCGCAAGGGCGCCCGGGAUGACUGUGCCCAGCUCCCUUGAGGGUGGAGACAAGUGCAGUCGUCCCAGAAAUAGGGCACCGGGUCCAAUUCGCCCAUGUAUCCUAUAUUAUCCUAGAUAUAAUGAUGCCCAUGGAGACCUACAGACUGUGUGCAUUCUUUAUAGACAACAACAGAACUCCUCUCAUAAGUAUUGUUUUGCAAUUGUGAUUUAUUUUUGGAUAUUAUUAAAGUAGAAGGGUAUGCAGAUGUAGACUUGUUAUGUAGCAUUAGUAUUCUGUUGAUUACAUAGUGGUAACUUAUUUUAAAUAUUCCAGUCUAGCUUUUGCAGUAGAUGUAAUAAGAAGAAUACUGCUCUGUUGAUAGCUUUUUAGCCCCCUAUAUUAGGUUUGUUCUAAAAAGAAUGCUAUGCUAUGGUGGAGCUAUAGCAAACUAAAGGUUGAUCGAUUUCUGUAAUGUUAAAUACUAACUUUUCCAGCAUCUAAAAGCUUUGCUGCAGUGUUACACCAGAGUCUAGCAGGAGGUAGCUUUCAGUGAUGUUAAUUACACACAUGCAAAAAAAAAGAAAAGAAAUAUUUCAGGGUGCAAUAGGAAUAUUUAAAAAUGUAUCUGUUUUGAUGGUGUAUCCAUUUUCAAAUAGCUGCUGAUGUUUUGUAAGUUUUCUGCUCUUGUUUUUCUGCUUUAACUGUGGUGGAAACACAGGACUGUGGUGCACUGUAGUCAAGAUCCAAGGUCCAAGUGCUUCAUCAAGUGCGACAAAGGACUGCCUUAAUUAAUGGAAAGGAAUCAGAUUUAAGCUGUCAGAGCUAUUUGUUGGGGUAAGGUAAAUGCACAAAUCUUUCAGGGAAUGUUUGCCUGUUUCUAAUCCCAUGAGAACUGCCUGUUGGGAAGUUUUACUCCAAAACCACUCCAAAACUCGAAAAGCAAUUGGUUGUGAAUUGCAUUCUGCUCUGCCAUAACCUUGGAAUUGUAAUCUUUGUGUUUUGCCAAUUUUAAGACUGGUUAUCAGAUAGACAAGGCCAAAGUGGUUGCAUGGACAUUACUCAAACUCUGUGUAGUGCUUCACAAAAGAAAGGGUGUGGAGAAGGGGUCACCACCAGGGGGCACUGUCUGCAGCUGUCAGAAGAGAAGCUUUGUCCUCCUGUUUUAUAUGAUGCAAUCAGCUGUGUCUUAAACUGCCCCAAAACUAACAGUCUCUUUCAAUUUGUCACGGCUUUGGUAGGCUUUUGGUAGGCUUUUGUACAGAUGCAUGAAAUUUGUAGGUUUAUAAGGAGAAAUGUUUGAGACAACCCCACCUUGUCGGACAUGUUUACAUGGUGUUUUUCUCAUAGCAACUGAUGCCCCAAACACACAAAAACAAAUUGUUGAGUUGAGUUAGCUUGAAGGGGUUACACUGGCCAGUAUUUGAGAGACCAUCUGCCCUAUGUACAACCCCAUGUUUCUUUUGAGGCUGUAUUGUCCCUGAAUUAUACUAUGUGCUAUAUGUUCAGAUUCAUUUCACAGUGGACUAGGUAUAUCCUAGCUUGGGAAUCCCCAUACGAACUUUCAGCAAAUUUGGGAUUUCCUCUGCAGGUCCAUCUGGCUAAGAGGCCACUGAAGCCCAUUUCCAAUGUCCCAAAAACACGGGCAUGCGAAUACAAUCUGCUAGAUAUGCCCCUGCUGGACGUUUUAAGUCGGUUAACAAAUUCAAAUUCAAAUUCUUUUUAUUUUAUUAUUGUCCAAUAUAAUCAAGGUCUGAUGUAAAGUGUCGGUACAGCCCAAAUCCCUGAUUCCAUUCCUGUUUCAGACAGCUGGUCAUUUGAGAGGAACAAAGCCAUGCAUUAAACACCAAAUGUGAGUGGUGUCACAUUUAAUUGUAAUCUGCUAAUCAUCUGUCUUUAGUGCCUUACAAAGGACCUGUUACUCGUUACAAUAAUAGCCUUUAUAUACACACACACACACACACCCCAUUUAUAAUUGUAUAAUGCAUGAAUUGCAUUCUAGACCUGAGGAUAUCUUUAAAAGAUGCAUAUAACUGUUUGUUUAUUUUGUCUUAUGCAUUAUUAGGAACAUCUCAGAGACAUGUAGUACAGAAAACAUUCCAUUCCAUAGUACCAUUUACCUCAUCGCGAGGACACUGGUUCACGUCUUCAUGUAUUGUCACGUCACGGACGCCUUUGUUUCUCAGGGUGGUUGUGCACGGUGUCUCCUUAUUUAAAGACUAACUUUGUUUGAUUUACCCUUGUUUAGUUUUGUGUGUUUUGUCUCUUCAACGUAAUAUUGUGGUUUGUACAUACUCCAUAGUAUAUAGCUGCUGUCAGGAACAACAAAAACAAGAUAUUUUGUAAGUAAUAAUAAAAUAAAUAUGUUUUA